UUCGGACCCGAGGCGGCGCGGAAUCUGCCCGUGGCCGGGUGGUUGUAGGUGCUGUGGCCGCGUGGCCCGAGGGAGCCGGAAUCUGGGGACCGUGGAGGGCGUGGCCCGGCCGGAGGGGAAGGCGCUGGAUCCCCCAGACCCCUGUGUGUCCAGCCGCCAUCCGUGGGCCUCAGGUUUCCCACACAGAAAGAGGGAAGAGAUUGGGCACCCCGGCCUGAGGGUACUUUUUGAGCCCAGAAUCUUCUCUCUUCUGCAGCUCCUGGACGGACUGGUGUUGCCCCCAUGGACACCUCCUCUGGCCCGUGGAAUCCAGCCCCAGCUUCCAUCAGCAGCCCUUCCCUGCGGCUCCCCAUCCCCGCUAUCGUCUUCAUCGCUGUGGGCAUCUAUUUGUUGCUGCUGGGCCUAGUGCUGCUGACCAGGCACUGCCUGCUGGCCCAGGGCUGCUGCACAGACUGCAGCUCUCCUUGCAGGAACCGUGGUGCCUCAGAGACCCAAGACUGUUGCUGGAGCUGUGCAGAAGCCUGCGACUUCCCCCUGCCCAGUCCAGCCCACUACUUGGAUGCCUGUUGUCCUCAUCCCAGCGGAGUUGGUUGGGCCCCUCGCUGCCCUCGCUGCUGCCCGUUGUGUGACUGUGCCUGUGCCUGCCAGCUCCCAGACUGCCAGAGCCUCAACUGCCUCUGUUUUGAGAUCAAGCUCAGAUGAAAGAUGGGGCUAGGGGGCUUGUUCUCUGGGGAGUGGCCAGCCCCCAGGGCCCCCUCUGCAAUGGCCCUCAGGACACCACUACCAGGCCACUGGAAUUACGGGUGGCAGGCUCAGCCUAACCUGGAAACUUUAACUAGAGGGCCCGGCUCCCUGCAGGGCAGGAUUCUGAGAGCCUUUGGACAGCUGAAAGGGGGCUGGUGUUCUGGCCAGUGCCCCUGCCUCUCCCUCCCCUGAUA